AUGCCCCCAGAGCGAUGGAAUCCGGCUGAUCAGCGACAUCUUGCAGGCGCAUUUCAGGACAAUAGAAUCAUUCCUAACGAAGGAGUUACAGCCAAUCAGCUUCCAGAAGCUCAACAGGAGCAGCUAUUGUCACUUAUCGCUUCUCACUUUGAGCUCCUCCCGGAUGGACCUCUGAGCGCUCAGAUGGACCGAGUGAGAGAGAGCAUCUAG